AGGGUGGUGAGCCCCAAAAGCUGCCUGUGCUCCGUUCCAGCUCUCCUGAGCAGGAGUCUGACGAGAGGAAGUGUAACUAUGAGCGGUACCGGGGCCUGGUGCAGAACGACUUCGCUGGCAUCUCAGAGGAGCAGUGUCUCUACCAGAUCUACAUCGACGAGCUCUACGGGGGACUCCAGAAGCCCAACGACGACGAGAAAAAGAAGCUGGCAGAGAAGAAGGCCUCGAUCGGCUACACGUACGAGGACAGCACCGUGGCCGAGCUCGAGAACUCCCUGGAGAAGCGAGGGGGGGAGGAGGAGGACUCUGAGGAAGACAGCAACACGGAUGAAGAUGAA